CGUGCUCAGUAAGGAAGUUAGAUAAAGUAGGUAGUUCCCCUUCACUUUAACACGAGCAUAUGCCAGAAUCGAACAUUUUGCCACUAACGUAACGCUUUAUAGACAAACUAUUUCACACUUUUUCGUCUCCGUGCUGUAAGAUAUAUCCGUACUUUGAGUUUAACCGGAAGCGGCACACGACAGAGCAAAAGACGUGAUGGACGGGACUCACCUGACGGAAGAUGAAAUGGCUGAAAUAAAGAAAGAAGCCAUAGAGAGGUUGCGGGCGUACUUGGUUGAUAAGGUCAUUGCGGAGCGACAUUUCGAUUUUUUGCGGUCCAAGAAAAUCCUCACCAGAGAGGACACAGAGGAGAUCAGCUGCAGGACCACCAGAGGGAGACGGACCAGCAAGCUGCUGGACAUCCUUGCGGAAAACCCGCGGGGUUUAGACAUGCUCAUUGAGUCUAUAAAGUGGGGUCGCACCAUGAACUUCAUCAUCGCAAAGAUUACAGACGAGGUGCAGCGUGUGAAAAACGAACGACUGGAUGCUAUUAAAGUUGGAUCCUCAGUCAGCUCAUUGUAUACCGCCACGAAAGCAGCCACAAAUGACCUCUCCAAGAUGGACAUUGACAAUGACAAAUUCUCCACUAUGUGUUACCACCCUGAAGGGGAAGGAAGCCCGUCGGCCUCUGUCGCCACAGGAUCCUUUAACCUGCGCUUCGGAUCAGGCCGAGGGAACGAGGCUCUGUCAGUCUGUGGAGGUACUGGGAGUAUGAACGUGUCCUCUACAAUGUCAUCAAACCUGCCCAAACCCGGUGACCCCGGAGCGCCACCACUUCCAGAGGAGCCUGAUGCUGAGGUCCCGGAUAUAGAUGCGGGGGUUUGUGGGAGCACGGGAAGCAGCGGGGAUGUGAAUUUCCAGCCAUUGCGCUCACGCUCUCUGUCCCCACACGUGCCCUAGUGUAACUCUCACCCUGUCAUCUCACGUCCCUUCACAGCGUGAACAUUCUUCAACUUCAAAGGGAGAGUCGAAGGGCUCACUGGUUACUACUUUCACUGUAAAAGAAAUUCAUUCCUCUCCAACUCAAAAAUGUCUCAAAAAUUAUUGCAUCUCAAUUUUUCAGUUGGUUCAGUCAAUUUUACCGACAUCUGUUAAAGCAGUGCGCCUCAAAUGUUUUCCUUUGUGAAGGGGCCAUCACUUUGAGCCCCCCCAAAUAAAGACUUAAAAUCUUAAACUUAUAAUUUUAAUAAAACAUAUUUAGUUAUACAAUG